UUAAUAUUUAAUAAACCUCAAGCUAUUUAUUACAUAAGUGACCUCAAUCUAAGGGAAACCCAGGUGGAAGAGAUCUUGGAGGUCCUGAAGUCUAGCAGGAUUUCUCUCUAUAGCAUCUAAGUUUGCUAAGAUUGUUGUCCUGGGGACUCACAGUCAGCAUCUUAUGGCUAAAGGAAAUGUGUGAAGGGAAGGACUUAUAUGCCAUAUGGAGGGAGGCUAUAAAAAUUGCAAUUUUCUAUUAAAGCCUCCUGCAAUUAGAAUGGUUCAUGGUAAUAUUCUCUUCUUUCAGAAUGUUUUAUGGCCACUGCUGACUAGCUUAAUUUUAUGUACCUAGUCUUCUUGCGUAAAGGAUUUGAGGCAUCUCACCAGAAUAUGAACAAUGUAAUAAAAGAGAAAAAUUUAAAAAUCAAUUACAAAACAAAAAACAGAUCCAGGGAAAGUAUAGGCAGAACUGAGAAAUCUGAGGAGGAGAAAAGAGCAUUUGCAGAGAAGCAGGGUGUACACGGAUGUACAAUUCUUAAAAUUGGGCCACACAUUUGACUGUGAGCUUCCUGGCAAGCAAAGCAAAAAGAACGCUUACAAAGUGGUCCACAGAAGGAAAUUUUUGUUUCUGGAUAAGCCAAGUUCUCUAGACCCUUAGCUGAAAAUAGUAUUUGUGGGUGGUUCUUCAUAGGCCCUUCUGGCUUCCUGAUGGCUGUGCUUCUUGUGAAGUUGAGUUCACAAGCCCAACCUCUUGUUUUUAACAUCAGUGUUUUCUUCCAGGGACAAUGACUCAUUCUUCCCAGGACACUGGUACCUGUGGCAUUCAGGAAGAUGGAAAGCUUUAUGUGGUGGAUUCCAUAAAUGACUUAAACAAAUUAACCCUCUGUCCAGCCGGAUCGCAGCAUCUGUUCCCUCUAGAGGACAAAAUCCCAGUCCUUGGCACAAACUCAGGAAAUGGAAGCCGGAGUCUGUUUUUUGUGGGGCUGCUAAUUAUGCUGAUUGUCAGCCUGGCACUGGUUUUUUUCGUGAUAUUUCUAAUAGUUCAAACUGGAAACAAGAUGGAUGAUGUGUCAAGAAGACUAACAGCUGAAGGAAAAGACAUAGAUGAUCUUAAGAGAAUAAACAACAUGAUUGUAAAGCGACUCAACCAACUGGACUCUGAACAAAACUAAAGAAAUUAUUUUUCUGAGAGCAACUGCUAACACCUUGAGCUUCUUACUUUCCUGGGAGUGUACAGGGUUAGGAACUGAGAAACUGCACUUCUUCAGGCAACAGAUGAUCUGGUCAGGGAACCUAUCCCUGGGGCCCACUUUCUGCAGCAAGAUGGGAUCAACUCCAAGGCAAGUGGGUAUGGGAAUAGGAACUAAAAAGGGGUGAACUUGUCUCAGCCCCCUUUUAUAGUAGGACACUUCAUCUUUAAUGGGGUUAAGGGUGGGUGGCUAGCAGGGAGGAAAAUCAACAGAACGCAAGAGAACUUGACUAUGUACAUACAGGUUCUUACCGAAGGAGCUUUGCUACCACAACAAGUUCACUGUGUCAGUGAAGUUCAUGACACCUCAUGCACCUUUACAGAUGCCUGGGAAAGCCUGAGAAAUUCAUUGAGUUUUAUGUGUUGAAGGGAACCAGGUGAUUACUCUUUUCAAUAAGACGGAUUCUGCUCAGGUGAUUAGAAUUUAACUCUGUUUCCCCAGGGACAGCAAUGGGUGGGCCCCAGAGCUAGUUGCUGUCUAGUGUUUGCUGGUUAAAACAUGAGCAGUAGUUAUGGCAAUGGACCUGGUUAUGUGGGGUUGGAGGUUGAAAGGGAAAGCCUAAUUAAUUCAACUAAUGUUUAGUAAGCUCCUACUCUGUGCAAAUCACUCUACUCUAGAGGAGCUUCCAUAAGAGUGCAGAAUAAAGAAAGGAGAUGGACAGUUAUAUGUAAUUAUAUAAGCUUCGUUUACUUUGUUUCUCAUGAAAAAACCCCUUUGGUACCCUGCUGACUGAUUUGGAAGAAAUCUGGCAGGUUUGUGGCCUUUGCUAAAUUACACUAGGAAAUUAUGUAGUUAGAAUAUUUGGAACCUGCAUUAGUUCCAGCAACGAAAGUAAGACACACAGCAUAUGACGUAAGAUACAGUGUGAAAUAAAUGAGCUUAAAAAGCA